GGCUGGCUGGCUAGUAUUUGGCGGUGGUGGUGUGUUUGUGUGCGGUCGGACUGUGGUUGUGUGUCAGGUCUCGCCGUGGGUGAUAACGAAACAUUUUGGACGCAUUUCAUCGCGUAGAGAUGGGAAUUCAGAAGAAAUGGCUCUAAAAGAAAUUGCCCUAACGCUGCUGGCCCUACUCGGCUCGGUGGCGGUCGGUAAUGCUCUGCGCUGUAACUGCACAAACUGUGAGAAGACGGGCUUUGAAUGCGAGACAGAUGGCGCCUGCAUGGCCUCCACAUACUUCACCGAAGGGAAGGAGCAGCACGUACGCAUCUGUAUCACUCGGGAAAACCUGGUCCCUCCUGGACAACCUUUCUACUGUCUGAGUGCCGAGGGCCUGCUCAACACACAUUGCUGCUAUGAAGAUUAUUGCAACAGUAUUGACCUGAAAAUCCCAGUCCCAACAAAGGAGGGGGACUGGUCAGGCUCAGGAGGCUCCUGGGGUCCUGUGGAGCUGGUGGCGGUCAUCGCCGGGCCGGUUUUUCUCCUCUGUGUGCUGCUGAUGGUGGGUGUGUUCCUGUUCCAGUAUCAUCAGAGGGCCUACAGCCAUAGACAGAGGCUGGAGGUGGAAGACCCAUCCUGUGACCAUCUAUACCUGGCCAAGGACAAGACCCUGCAGGACCUCAUCUAUGACAUGUCCACCUCAGGAUCUGGCUCUGGUUUGCCCCUGUUUGUACAGCGGACAGUGGCCAGGACCAUUGUGCUGCAGGAGAUAAUAGGAAAGGGUCGCUUUGGUGAGGUGUGGCGAGGGAAGUGGCGGGGAGGAGACGUGGCGGUGAAGAUCUUUUCGUCCAGAGAGGAGCGCUCCUGGUUCAGAGAGGCUGAGAUCUAUCAGACAAUCAUGCUGCGCCAUGAAAACAUCCUGGGAUUCAUUGCAGCAGACAAUAAAGAUAAUGGCACAUGGACUCAGCUGUGGUUGGUGUCAGAUUAUCAUGAGCACGGCUCUCUCUUUGACUACCUAAACCGCUACUCUGUCACCAUUGAGGGCAUGAUCAAACUGGCACUGUCAGCUGCCAGCGGCCUGGCACACCUCCACAUGGAGAUCCUCGGCACUCAGGGUAAGCCAGGCAUUGCUCACCGUGACCUCAAGUCUAAAAAUAUCCUGGUUAAGAAGAACGGCAUGUGUGCCAUAGCUGACCUGGGCCUGGCAGUCCGCCACGAGUCCAUCACAGACACAAUCGAUAUAGCGCCGAACCAGCGUGUGGGCACUAAGAGGUAUAUGGCUCCAGAAGUCCUGGAUGAAACCAUCAACAUGAAACACUUUGACUCCUUCAAAUGUGCUGACAUUUACGCACUGGGCCUGGUGUACUGGGAGAUCGCACGUCGCUGCAAUGCAGGAGGUAUACACGAGGAGUACCAGCUGCCCUACUAUGACCUGGUGCCCUCUGACCCCUCUAUAGAAGAAAUGAGGAAGGUAGUGUGUGACCAGAAACUUAGGCCCAAUGUGCCCAACUGGUGGCAGAGCUAUGAGUCCUUGCGUGUCAUGGGGAAGAUCAUGAGGGAGUGCUGGUACGCCAACGGAGCAGCCAGACUGACGGCCCUGCGCAUCAAGAAGACCCUGUCUCAGCUCAGCGUGGAGGAGGAUAUCAAGAUGUGAGCGAAGAGAAAAAAAAAAGACGUGCUGGAGAUGCACAACCAGACCACACUCCCAUAGGAAAGAAAAAAAAACAAAACAAUUAAGACGACUGCAAAUGAAAACCCUGCCAGUUUUAAAGCCACACUCCGAGUUGUGACGAGGCCUACCUCACCUUUUUAGCCAAAACUACUGAGAGACCCCCUCCCCCUUCUUUCUUGACUCACCCCCCCCCCCCCCACGUCCCCCUUUGUUCCUCCUGCGUCCCUCUGUUUUGAUCUUCCCUUAUCCAUGGGCCACACCAUUACAGCACUACCACUGUUAAUAUCAUCACACUAAACCUUUUUCGUUUGCAUUUCCCAUGGCAGGAAUAACUACCGUUGUACAGUGACGGGAUAUUUUUUGUUUGAACUUUUUUUUACCUCUGAAAUAUGUUCAAGCUCGCCCAGGAAAGUCCAGAAGAUUGUGAGUUUUUUUUAAGUUUAAGUCAUUUUCUGUCCAUCCAACAUCAUAUAAGUGAUGCAGUGAGAGGGGAAGAGGCUGAAGCACUGCCUCUGGGGUUAAAUCUGUCUGAACUACUAGCAUGUUGUAAAAAGCGGUGGUUCAUGAAACAAAACGGGGAAUUGAACGUUUGGUUUGAAGCUGAUCAGAUUUAGUUUGUUACUCCCUCACUUGAGUCUCCUACAAAAAGAAACGAGUUGCACUCAACUGUAGCUUCCUCAUCAGUUGUGAGACCUGCAGGUUUUCACAUAGCAGAUGUGGUCCGGAUCUGGUAUUAGUAUGAAAUGUGGCAGGGAUAAAUGUUUGGGAUGGUUUUUAUUUAUUUGUUGAUAGUUUUUUUUAAUUUCAUAUUAAUGAACACUGUGAGACGAGACGUAAAAAAAGCGAGAGCCUUGAUUUAAAAGUAAACGUUGUAGUUCAGUCUGUGUCUUCAUCUUUUCAGGCAUAAAAGCAAAGGGGGUUGUUGCAUUCCUUUAAUAAGAUACUGAGUGCUAAUAUGGAUGCAUCUAUGGUGCCCCCUCUUGGUGACAGGCAACGAUCUCAUGCACACUGAGCAAAUAUGAGGCGUAUGAAAUGGCAAUGAAAAUUGUUUUUAAAAUCUAUUUUUGUGUUUUGUGUAAAGACAUCAUGAUGGGUGUUUUCUUUUGACUCUGACAUUAGACACUACUGAUGAUGGGUACAUAUAUGAUUUGUAUAUAAAACAUGCAUUAUUUUCUCUUUUAUGCCACAAGAAGCAGUGUGACAUCUGAGCAGUGGUGAUAGUGUGAGCGGUACUUUCAAAAGUCUGUUGUUUUGAUGGGUUUGGAUGGUUUUAAAGUUACCGGGAAAAGACUGCCAUCUGCUGGAUUUCUGUUUUUUUAAACAUGCUCCUCUCAUGGCAAUAUGGUGGUACUACUGAUCCCAAUGAAUUUUGCUGCAACUCCUGUUUUUUCCUUUGUUUAAUUGCGGGUUUUGCUCGUUGAGUUCUUGUCAGAGCUCGGUAAUGCAGAUCUGUUUCUUCAUACUGAAUGUCCUAAGGGGUGAAAUCUCUUUCUCAAUGACACUGGAAUAUUUUGAGAGCAACAUGUAACCUUGAAUUCUGAUGCUGCCGAUGGCUGUUCAGAGAAAAAGACAGCUGUGGCAGUUCUCACAGGGAACGUACAGUUGUGUGAAAAGUAGUUUAGACAUUUUACCUUCAGAGACUUGACAUGCUCUAAAGUGAAACUGCAUGUUUUCAUUCUACUUUGUGGUCUGCAGCUUGGAGACUGUCUGCAGAUAAAACUAUGAAAGUAUUACACUGACAUUUGUCACCAUUGGGCUCUGCACUGUUAUGUCCACAUGGACCUGAGUUAAUGUUAGUUAUGUCAUAAAUGAUCCAGCAUUCAUAUGUCAUGUUAGUAUCCAUUUUGCAUGCUGUCUCAAACACUGGGUCCUCUGCACUGAGGUAGAUGAACGUAAAACUUCCCUCUUCCUCCCUGUCGUCUUUCUUUUGUUUCGGGUCAUUGGCUGUUUCCUAAAAAUGUUGCUGCUACUUCUAACAUGGGUAGAUGUUCAGCAGGCAGGUCAGAGAAGGAGAGCCGAGGAUGAGAAAUGUGCUGCUGUCAGUUGAACCAAAAUUCAGAGUCCAAACACUCCUGUCCAUGUUUGAAUUGUUGCCAUGGGUAUAUGACCAUCAGACAUCCUGUUCAUUAGUUCAACUUCUAGAUUUCAAAUCAUGUUGUGCAAAUCUUUUCAGAAUACAUUGACAGUGUACAUAGAUAAUAAACAAUAAAUUCCUCUUUUUCUUAA